GCGUCUAUGAUGAUUUACCUAUGACACAGUCGGAGCGCCGACUCUCAACGCCAUUCUGGAUAUUAUGACGGGAAGGUCGGUCACGUGACUCGUCGCGGCGGCGGCGCGCGGGGCGCGGGGCGCCGGCUAGACUCUCCAGUAGCCGAGCCAUCGUCUGCUUUGACUGCGACCGCUCGGAUUCCACGCCCCUAUACACGCAUGAACCAUCACCGUUCCUUUCGCGAGAAUUUUCAAAUUUAGAUUUGAGAAACGUUCUGAUUACAAAUGUCUUUUAAAUAUUGUGAUGAGUUCGUCGUUGCUUAUUUUUGCACAGAUCCGUGAGCGGGGCGGGGAAAUCGGAGCGGGGUAAGGUGCGGCGCGGGCCGCCGCAGACAUGCUCCGACCGCUGUUGAGGCGAGUCGCGCGCGCGCGGUUCUUCGCGCGAUAGACGGGCGUAGCUCGCGACCAUGGAUGUAGUGACGCCGCAUAUCAGUUCGGUGCUGAGGACAUACCAGGCCAGCGCACCGAGGAGCCUUCAGGGCCCAGGGAUAGGGCGCGCGGGCCCACCGCUCGCGCCGCCGCCUCCGCUGCCUCGCGCCGCACCGCCUCUCCUGCUCACCGCAGACUCAGUGCUGGGCGAGCGCGGCGAGACUGCCCUCGAAGGAGAGCCGAUAUCUUGCUUCAGCGUGGGAGGCGAGCGACGCCUCUGCCUUCCUCAGAUCCUCACAUCAGUUUUGACAGACUUCAGUUUGGAGCAAAUAAACCGUGUGUGUGAUGACUUACAAAUAUACUGCUCGAGGUGUACCCCUGAGCAACUACACGAGUUGAAGUCGACCGGCGUGUUGCCGCGGACGGCGCCGUCGUGCGGCCUGAUCACGCAGACGGACGCGGAGAGGCUGUGCGCUGCCUUGCUGCACGCGCCGGCUGCGGCUGCCAAAAAGUUGCCAGGCUUUCGGGUGUAUCAUGAGUGUUUCGGGGGUGCGCGCGGCGUGUGCGCGCCAGAGCUGGGACUAGUGCAGUGUGUGGAAUGCCGCGGUGUGUAUGUCCCGCGCCGCUUCGUGUGCCACACGCACGCCACGGAGCACCGCACGUGCCACUGGGGCUUCGAUUCGGCGAGAUGGCGGAGGUUCCUCUUGGUGUCGGACGACGAGCGAGAUAAGGAGAAAUGCGAGGCUCUACUGGACGAUGUAGCGUCGAGGGAGCCGAAAGAGGCGCACGCUCUUCCAACUCACUCGUUGGUGAAGCAGCUGCCCAUUAAAAGAAAACAGGUGGUCGAGACGAUCGUCUGCAAGCCAGAACCGCCAGAGUCCCCUCCGAAGAAAGUCAGGAGUGAAGACUUCGGCUACGCGUUGUACCUUGAUCCAUACGCCCAUUUACGCUGCAGGACAGCGCCCGCUUUCAGACCCUGGGGCAAAAGGGAACCUGAGCUUCAACACCCAGAAAGGGUGGUACGCUUGGCAGACUGCUCAAGGUUCGAGCAAGACUUCCAACCGAACGUCGCCCUCAAACCUCUCACGCCGCCCGUCGAUGAUGUGACGUCAUCGACCUCGCCGCCCCCAUCCGAUCCAGAACUGACGGCCAGGCUCCUCGACGCUGAAGCCAGACUGACAGAAAGAGAACGGCAGCUUGACGAGCGGGAGUCAGAACUGGCCCAGCGCGAGGCUCGACUGAACGAGCGAGAGAGGGAACUGGAGCGACGCGAACGUGCAAUAGGAGUGAAGAAGAUGGAAGACAAAGCGAUAUCGCCGCCGCCGAGCGAAGCCGAACCGCCGCCCUGUUGACCGACGCGAGUUAUAAUGAGGCUUGGGACUAUGUGAUGAACGCUUCGCGCUACAGAGUACAAAACGUUGAGGUGCUGAAACGAACGUUUACCCUCUGCGACGUUAGUCUGUGACAUGUUUACUUAAAACCGAAUGUCGGUUCAAAUCUCUAUAAUAUCCAAUAGCCAUGUACAUAAAGGAAGUACACAUUUAAUGCGAUUACGUUCUGUGUAUACUGUUGUUUUCAUAUAAUCUUUUCAUGUGCCAUUCUCAGGGUAAUCCUGACCUUUCCGUAACCUCACUGCUUUUUCAAUAAUAAUAAAAUACUCACGUAAUAUAAUAAUAGUUUUAAAGCCUACAACCAUAAGCAUAAUUUAUACAGGGUUAUUUUUAAUAUAACAUUCUUAUAUACAAACUUUUACAUCUUUCCCAUUCUUUUGUAAAUAGACUUAGACUGCCAAUAUAGAUAUUUUGUCGUACCUAUUUAAUAUUUUAAGAUUUCACACAAAUAACUCUGUAUAAAACCUCAGAUAUACCAAAUAAUUCUGAAUUAACUCAUUCAUGACAUGUAUUAACUUACCUCUGGAAAGGUUGUACUUUUUUUUAUCUGUAUUUUCUGGAAAGCUCAAUAAUAAACGAUCAUAAAUCUACAAUACGUUAAUAUACAUGUAUAUAGGACGCUUCAAUUCCAAUACACGGUUAAUUUAAUGAAAUAAAAAAGAAACAAAUUUUAAAUUUGCUGUACUGCUUAUAACACGUUAUCAAUCACAUUUGAUCUUAAAAUAUAUAAAGGAGCCGAUCCUUUAAGUAAAUAAAAAUUGUUACAUUUAUGUCCGGGCGGCAAAAUUUAUAUAUGAAGGGUUAAAUCCCGCAUUCUACCUCAUUGUAAAUAAAAUUAUAUUUGGCUAAAUUAAGAAAUUUAACGUAAGCAUUUUUCUUUACACGUAUAUAAUUUAUUAUUGUACUUUGGAGCAAUAAUUUAAUGUGAAAUCACUGCCUGACUUAAACCUAGGUAAUGAUUUUUCUGUCUAUAUGAAAUUUAUAUACUUCGUAUGUUCCCCUAUCAUCACAGUACAUCGUUUUUUUAUCUUUAGAGUUGAUCACUUGAACCAUCUACCCAAUAAGGUUGUGAUAUAACCACAGAUAUGUAGGUACUUUACAAAAUUUGCUGUCUGUUACGAUAAUUAUUAGAAUCCAAAAGGUACCAUGGCAAAUUACUGCUUUAUUAAACAUAAAUUAAUGUAUUAAGAAGUCAUGGUACCCACGCAAACUAUUGGGUAGAUGGCGAGUUAAAGCAUCGAUUAACAUUAGCCAGUGACAGAGCAUUUUUUGUAAAUAGUCGUGACUGAGGAGUUCGAGUUUUGUAUGACGGCACCCAUUGAACAUAUGUGCCGUGUGAUUUUCGUAGAUUACUUAAAAAGUUUAGACAAUGGUUCGAACCAAUAAACAUGUUUUUUUUUUACCGUUCCGGUAUUUUUUAUAUUUUGCGUUAAUGAAUUCCAAUUUAUUGGCUGGGCAACCCCACUCUGUGCCUGGCACAGAUAAAAUAUUGUGAAAUGAAAUUUCACGGUCGAACUGUUUUGGCAAAGCUCAAAAUAUAUGUAGACACUUAUGUUUUUCUCUUAUACUUUCUACAUCAUUCUAUUUAUAGCAACGAGUGCUAUAGCGUAGUUGUUACAAUACAGUUUUUAGUUAAGGAGGUAUCUCUAGUCAGAGACGUUUCGAGACAAAAAAAAAUAUGAAAAAAAUUACCAUUUACUUUUUUUUAGUAUACAUGUGUAAGUACCACGGGCGAGUGUUAUAACUUAUUUUAAAAAUUUAGAGUAAAAUAGCAAUGAACGUAUGUACGUGUAUUUAAAUAGUGUGUAUAAUGAAACUUUUCUGUCAGUACCCAUGUAAAACAUAUAUUUUGGUGCUAUGAUGUUUUUGGCUUGGCUAACGUAGUUAUUAAAUGUAAAUAUAAUAUAAUUUUAGUAUUUAUUGGCAACUAUUUCGGUUCUAAUUAUGUAUGGAACGUUUUGAAAAUGAAAUUCUGUAUAUUUUUUUUUUUUCAUAGACUAUGGCUUGGCCAUUUUAAUUGUAUAAACACAGAUUAUGUUAGACUGAUUUAAUUACGAGUAAUGAAAUUGACUAGCAAUUUUUUCGACUGUGUUUAUAUAAAAAGAAAUGUGUGUCUAUGCUGUGUUUAUAUAAUUGGCUGUUAAAUAUGUUAACGCUUUAAUUCUUACAAUAAGUUGUUGUAGUUAUUGUAUCGAUGGAAAAGUUUCAAGUUUCUCUCACUGUCUGUUAGUGGAAAUGGUGCUAAGUAAGGCCAUGUACCUAUACUUUGUCGGACAAGGCUAAUUUGGCUAGUACCAUCAAUGAUACGAUUAUCUGAAUGAGUAGAUUGCAUAAUUGAUUCUAUAUAUUUUUAUUACUUUUAUUUAUAAUAUAUGUCAUCGUAAAAUUGUGAACAUUGUUUUCUCUAAAUAGAAUCGGGAAUGUAUCCCGCGAAAUGGCAAUCUCUCAGCAAAAUAGAUAAUUUCGAUACAUUCGCAUAUCACCAACGUAUAAUGUUACUGUGCAUAAUAUUUCGAUAGAUUGCAAUCUCGUUAGAUUAUAACCUAACGGUUUUUACAAUUUUGCGACGACAUAUAAGAUAACUGUUAUCGAAAGUUUCCUUCUCAUUUAAAAGUUCUUUUAAAAGUUGCGUUCCGGAUUCUCUUUUAAUAAUUUUUGAAAUCUUAUAAAAUAAAGAAUAGAAGAUCGUAAGUAAACUUAUUAAAUUAUUAGUUUCGGGAGCAUACUUUUAAUGCAUUUUUCUCUCUAUAACUCCUAUCAAAAUGAGUCAGCCCUAGUUAAAAUAGCCUUGUUGAACAACUGUAAUGAAAUGAAGUUGGAUAAUAAUUUUUGAAUGAAAAUUGAACUAUAUUGUUAGAGGCCUAAGUAUACUUUAUUUCUUAAUGAAAAUAAUUUAUUUUAUUCUAUAAAGGGAAUAUAAAUUAUGCACACUAAAAAAUCCUACGAGUAAGUGGACAAAUGAAACGCACGAUAAUUGAAACCAAAUUCAUGAUGCAUAAUAAGUUAAUAUUUCCAAUAGACAUCAUGUUCUAUUUUUAAAAUUGCCGCCAUAUCGAAAAAUAUCUUGCCAGUAAAUAACCCGAAAAGUGACUAACAGAUCAUUCAAUAUUUGUGGAAGUACUCCCAAAUGCAUAUUAUAAUUUCAAAACAAUUGCAAAACAUAUUAAAUAUUAAUUUCUCUUGUUUGCAGUUGCUUUUAUAUUAAUCAAUUAAUCAACAGCAUAAUAUUAUUCAAUAAUUUGAAACAUGUGUUUCGUUAGGUUAGUUUUUAUAUUUAUUACAAGAUACGUAAACAUCACAUCAGAAAUACACAAUUUACUGCAUCUUAUAGACAGUGAGAGUACAAAAUAUGUAAAUAUUGUUUUACAGAACUAAUACAUUGUAAAGGAAUACCAGGCUGUUGACCACUAAAGUAUAAAUAAGGUGCAAUUAUUGUUUAUAUCUUUUAUUGACAUAAAAUAAUAUUUAUUUUUCAAAUGUAUAAAGUUUUUUUUUAUUUCAUCAUUUAUGGAUCAUCAUGCUUUUUUAAUACUCUAUCAGAGAUAUAGCAGCAAGAUUUCGUUUUAAGCUCUUAGAGUGGGAAGCAAUAUAUUUAUUGUGUUUUGUCCUGUUUCAUUCAAUUUAAAAAUAGAAUAGCGUCGUCAAGAACAAUCGGCGCGUUUUUCUAUAUUUAAACUUCACAGAUAAAAAAUAUAAACAAAAUGCGCAUCUUGUAAUUGGUGAUUUGCCAGGGUAUGAUUUACUCCUGUGAUCUCAAUGUAUGAUUGUUAAUACACUAUGUAUUCUUUGAAAAAGAUGCCACCACUACAGUCGCAAAAUAAAAUAUUUCAAGUUAA